UUAAUAAAUUUAGAACUUGAAUUUAUUCAUAAACAAGAGAUUAUUCAUCGAGAUUUUCAUAGUGGAAAUAUUCUUAUCGAAAAUGAAUCUGAUAUUGUAAUAAGUGAUUUAGGAAUUAGUAAAUUAUCAACUGAUUUAUCAGAUGAUGAAAAUAACUAUUAUGGAAUCAUGCCUUAUAUUGCUCCAGAGAUAUUUCAAGAAAAAAAAUAUACAAAAGCUUCAGAUAUAUAUAGUUUCAGUAUAAUUAUGUGGGAAUUAAUGAAUGGUAAAAGACCUUUUGAAGAUCAAGCCUAUGAUACAGACCUUAUGAUUCGAAUUAUUGAUGCUGAAGGAUUUUGGAAUCGACUAACAUUAUUAUUGAUUUAUAAUCUCUCAAAUUUACAAGAACUUUCAUUAUCUUCACAUGAAAAUAAUGUAUUGGAAGUUCUUCAAGAACUCAUCCUUUCCCAAUUCUAA